CUCCUCCUCAUCUCCCCCUGCCAUACCACCUGCACUGCCUCCUCCCCCCUCCUUCCAUGCACUGGAUGUAGAGAUUAGGAAACUAUUGAUGCUUGCUGGAUUGACCCAAGCUGAGCUCCUCAAGCUCAGCCCAGAGCUUGGUGAUUGCGUUGGAGGGUUAGAGGAUGAGGGAGAUGGAGAUUGUGUUAUCUCGUCCAGGUCUGGGGAGCUUCAGGAGUUCAGACUAAAAGAGACGGCCGAGGAGAAGGAAUGUGAGUCAGAGUUGACGGCCAGAGAAGGAUGGAGCAGCAGAAGCAAGCUGGAUGGAGAUCGAAGAGCUGAUAUAGCUGAAGAAUGCAAAAAGAACACACAAAGAACCACCUCGUUCACUGAGAUGGCAAGAAGAAAGAAAAGGAACAGCGGUCUGACCUCUGACCCUUACUACACCACUGGUUGUAGCGAUACACAUGAAACUAAAGCUAAGAAUAUGAGCUUUGAGUCUUUCCGCUAUCCUGCCGAGGUACCGGAUUCACCUCCCCCUCCUCCUCCUCCUCGCCCCUUACCCCCAAUCCCCCCAUCUGUGCCACCCCACAAAGUCAGCACUCUCCUGGCUAACUCUGCACAGCCUGAGCGAUUUGAUUGGCUCAUAGCAUUCACACCUGAAUGUGAAGCCCCACCACAGCUUCCACCCCUGGCAAUGAGAAGAUCUCACGUGGAAACUCAAAAGAAGGUCAGUUUGUCUGGGUCAUCUCUGGGGUCAGCUCCAAAGGUCACGACUUUUAAAGAGAUGCGUUACCGCAACAAGAGCACCUUCCCCACAACAAAGGUGAUUACUGAUCCAGACCCUGACCCAACAGUUAUUACUCCAGAUGCAGAUAUACUGUACAAUCUGAGGUGGAGAAGGGAGAUGGCAGGCGGCGACGGCAACCAAUGGGAGUACACCUCUCAGGCUCAGGCCUUCUUCAUGCAGCCGCCACCAGCCCUCACCUCAAUGGCCGCUCUGAAGGAAAUGCUCCAGAGAGCUGACGAGGAGGGUAGACAGCCGGAGCUGUGCCCAUCCCAGAAGAUUGGCUGCUCUCUCAGCGACAGCAGCCUGUGGACCAUGGGCAGAGAGUGGGAGGGUGAAGAAGUUAAGAAAGAGGAAAAGGAAGGGAAAGAAGAAGAGAAGGUGGAGGUGGAGGUGGAGGAGAGAGGACGAGCCGAUGGAGAAAGGACGUUCGAAUCAAGAACCACAGCUGUUCGCAGUGUUUCUUUCGCUGGCUCUGUACAGAGGACCGAGACAUCCUGGAUGGGCGAAGAUGUGAAGCAUCCAAUGAGAGCUCUGGUCAGUGCGGUCAGCGUGGCAGUGGAAGCCAUCUUGGCCCAGUUUAGCUCUUCUCGGACUGUAGUUCAGAAGGCCUUAUCAGGAGACAGCACUAUAAAUCCAUCUCUGGGCCGUCUGGUGCUACAGUGUCUCUGCCCUGCCCUGCACAGCUUGCUGACCGAUGGCUUGAAACCUCACCAGAGUGACCUGAUUGCAGGCAGGAGGCCAAAUUCCGCCUGGGGUCUGGUUCAGGCCUCAACCAGGCCAGGUCCUAAAACUCAAGCGUUGUUCCACCUACAAGUUCGUGUUGGAGAGCUGCCUCAGCUCAGGCAGAGCAAACACAGGUUCAACGCAUUCCUCCUUGGCCUACUGAAUACCAAGCUUCUUGAUGUCUGGCUGUCUCACCUUCAGUCUUGCAGUGAUGUGCUGGAGACAUAUUACCACCCCACUUCCUUCAUGCGUCUGUCGCUGAGCGCCUGCCAGCCUCUGUUCGAGGAGCUGCUCCUCGUGUUGCAGCCUCUCAGCCUGCUGACCUUCAACCUUGACCUGCUCUUCCAGCACCACCAUUUAGAGUCGGACAGUCCCAGUCCAGAGAUUCCCAGCCCACCUUGUCAGGAUGCUGGAUUCCAGUUUUCAACAGAGGGCUCCCAAUCCAAAACCACAGACUGCAGAUAUAUUGAAAGCCUCUCAGAAGUAGACUUUGGAAGCCCAGAACAUCAGGCAACCAAAAUAUCGUCACCAUUGAGUCAUCCAAAGAAUGGAGGACCAGGGGAGUCAACACAUAGCAGUACUGAACCCACAAAGGCUUCGGUCACUAUCGGGCAGACAAGUCCUCAGCUGUUGUGGGUGCAAGAGAAGGAAAUUGGAGACUUACCUCUUCCUAAUGUUGAGGAGGACAGCCUCGCACUGCAGGCAGGACAGGUGAUCCAACAGGGAUGGGGGGCUGUGAUGCGCUGGGGAGGCAGACUGAGCCAGAACCUGUCUGAGCUGAGCCUGAAAAAGGAGGAGAUGAAGACAGAUCUGCCGGACCUCCGGGCCCAAGCAGGGAGUGACUUCACUCCGGUCAGCUGGGGUGCUCAGGUUCCCUGGGGUCUGGGAAUGCGGCUCUUUGGGGCCUCUAAAAGCCUCAACAGCCCACCAGGUCACACACCACCAACCAGGCGUCCCUCUCAGUGGCUGGCUCCUGGUGUCACUGCACUGACCCGAAUGGUGAGCAGCAACUCCACCCCGAUUAUAAGGAGGGCCCCAGAGCCCCAGAAAGAAAGUGAGCCAGGAACAGAGAAAGAGGUUGACACACUGGAGAUGAAGGACAAACCCAGACCACUCAGGUCAAUACGAACACUGUGUGACCACUCUGGAACCGGUUCGGAGCUCAGCUUCUGCAAAGGGGAGGAACUGGUGGUGUUAGGAGGAGUCGAUCAGGACUGGAUUCGCUGUCGUCAGGGAGACAAGGAGGGGCUGGUACCUAUUGGCUACACCUCCCUCAUCAUGUGACUUUGGCACCAUAACUGCUGCACUCAAUCAAUAUAAACUAAAUAAAAUAAAAAAGAUAUAUAUUUUAGGCAAGUGUUGAGAGGUUAUGGUGUGGCUCCACUACUCUGAAAGGGAUAUUUCACGCUUGCUCGGUUUGAGUUCGAGUUGAGCGCAUAACACCAUCUGUUCUGCUUUACGUGCAUCAGGAGCAGUCUGCAGCCCUCUCCCUUUAUGAACAUAUGGGAGUUUUUUGUUCCCCAUCCAGUUUGGUAGCAUUAAACUAAUGGAUGUUAGCAGCAGGAAUGCAGCAGAUGGUGUGAAAUGAUGACUCAAGUCAAAUUUAGAACAUUUCAUACUGGAAGACCUUUGAUCUUGUAGUGAAGUAUCCCUUUAAAGUGUCAUUUUCUCAAUUUCUGCCUUCCUUGUCAGCCACUGAUCUGAAAAUGAUCACAGGGGAAAUUCUGUGCAAUUAGCCAAGAGCUUUCAGAUCAGCGGCUGUUCGUCUUGAGGAGGCGACAGUCGACAACCUGAUAGUAGCCACAUUGAUAUCCCUAGCCGUCAGCUGUAGAUAGUCACGGCUCGCAGGUUGUCGAGUGGAGAAAGCAUGUAAGAGUAGUGGGCCGUAGCUCCUGUUGCAUACUGCGUAGUAAUGUAGUGAAUUGUAGCUGUGUAGAUCCGUGUUCUAUUGACCUUUCAUCUCUAUUGAUCUCUCGCCUCUGCCUGGUUCAUGUGUGUUUGACAUGUUUCUGCUACUAUAAUUGACUGUAUAAAUAUACAUAAAAAAAAAUAUAUAUAUAUAUAUAUAUAUAAAUUGAGAUUGAUAUUACCAAGAUAGAUAGAAAGAUAGAACAAGAGAAAGCAGAUAAUAAAACACAAGCAGCUACUGUGGUCACAUUGGGGAAGUGGAUGAUUCAAAAUUCUUUACAUCUGCAACCUUUCACACGCAUUAAGUGGUUGUCAUACAUGCAACAAAAAAAGAUGUGUUUUUUUAAAGUUUUCAAAUCCAGUAUCUUCCCUUGUGUGCUUCAUGUAUUGCUUUUGUCUUGACAACAUAUUCAUAGAAAUAUUAGAUUUAGCUUCAUACCUUAAACACUGUAUGCAUUGUAAUGUGCCAUGAAUGCUUUGAAUGAAUGCCAGAAAAUAUCUAUCUAUCCACAUCCCACACAGCUAUAGAAGAUAAUAUCAGACAACAGCAAUCUGUAGCUUAUCUCUCAACUCGUCCAAAACCUCACAGGGCAACAUGUGUCAGAGUAAACACCUCACAAAACUAUCCUCAGCUCUUGUUCAACACUAUCUGACCUUAAACAUAAUGCAGUGAGAAAACCCCAGAUGUAUGUAAUUCAUAAAAGCUACUGUAAAGUCUGUGAGUUUGGUAGCUGGUCUUCACCACAUACCUCUGCUUUUGUAUUUAUCUUAACCCUUCCCGCCAUGUUUGCUCAUCAUAAUCAUUGAUAUUAAUGAUAGUGGUAGUAGAAGUGGUAGUGGUGGAAGUGACAUGUUGAUUCUAGUGUUGAAAUCCCAUCGCUUUGUGUUGUAUAGUUAUUAGUUAUUCUCUAGAUUCUGUAUUGGUGACUAUGCAUAUGGUUAAAUGUACAACUAAAAGCCUUUUUGUUUGUUUUAAAGUCAUUGCUUUGCUUUGAUGUUGACACAUGAAGUCUAAAACAAAAUCUUAAAUAGUUAAUAUAAAACAGACAGAUUUUUAACUGGUCAGGAAAGGCCGACACUAAAGGACCUCCAUUUAAUUCAGCAGGAAUGUUUCAUUGCUAUUAUCAAUCAGGGAAAGCUCAGUUCUGUCACUAUGGCAACUGUCCAGUAGCAUUAAGUUGAACCAGUGCUCAUAACUUGUAACUUAUGAUCACAAUAAAAUACCAUCAAAUGGAUAAUACCUGUAAGUGUUUACAAGAAAUAAUGUAUAGGUAAAGAUAAAACAUUGGACACUGUUAAGUUUAGUUGUGAUAUUCUGGUAUAAAUGCAUUUGUUCGAAAGCUGUUAAUUUAUUGGAUGUGUACUAUUUAUUGAUCUUGAGGUUUCUGAAAGGAAAAGCUCUAUCUGACCCAUUUAGUGUCUAUCUAUCUGGGUUCUGUGUGUGUGUGUAUGUGUGUGUGAGUGAGUGAGUGAGUGAGUGUGAUUGUGUACAUGGCAGCGUAUGUGACAGUGGAAGCAGAGAUGAGUGUGAGCACAUCCUGCACUUUCACUUAUGUGUGUGUGUAAGUGUACCAAUGAACUCUGUACCUCCCUCUCCUCUUUCUCUCUCUGGUGUCAUGUAGCCUGUAGACAUCCCUGUGUCCUACUAUUGAAUAUAGUUCAGUGCCCCUCUAGUGUCAGUCACUGCCCACCUCCUGCAUGUGCUUGUUUGUAAAUACACCAAAUAAAAUGAUCAGUAUAAACCAAA